CUUCUCUCCUCCAAAAAUAAAAGUGACCCAGUCCGGUGUAAUCGCAGGAGAUGAGAUGAUGGUGACAUGUGACACCAGACUGGAUCCACUCAGAGGCGGCACAGAGCUGCAUUUUGCCUUUUACAGAGAUGGACGGACUGUGCAGGGAUACAAUGUAACUGAUACAUACAGAGUGCCGUCAUCUCAGCUGGAGGAUUCUGGGAAUUAUACCUGUGAAGUGAGGACGACGUCUGACACUGUGAGGAAGAUAAGUGAUGGACUCCAUAUCCAGAUACAUGGUGAGCAUAUGAAAUGAAGUCACCAUUGGUUAUGUCCGAUUGCACACUACAUUUAGAAACUCAUACUCUUUUUACUUUUUUAUCCAUUCGUUGACCUUCAGAAGUAGUUUUCCUACUGACCGAUCAUUGUCAUCCUUUUCUCUUUCAGUUCUCUCUUCUCUGGAAAUAAAAGUUACCCCGUCCAGGGUAAUAGAAGGAGAUGAGAUGACAGUGAAAUGUGACACCAGACUGGAUCCACUCAGAGGCGGGACAGAGCUGCACUUUGACUUCUACAGAGAUGGACGGACUGUGCGGGAAUUUGUAAUAUCCAAUACAUACAAAGUGCGGUCAGCUCAGCUGAAGGAUUCUGGGAAUUAUACCUGUGAAGUGAGGACGGCGUCUGACAUUGUGAGGAAGAUGAGUGAUGGGAUCUAUAUCCACAUACAUGAAUUCUUUCCUCCAGAAAUAAAAGUUACCCCGUCCGGGGUAAUAGAAGGAGAUGAGAUGAUGGUGAAAUGUGACACCAGACUGGAUCCACUCAGAGGUGACACAAACUUAAAGUUUGCCUUCCACAGAGAUGGACGGGCUGUGCGGGAAUUCGGUAUUUCCAAUACAUACAGAGUGCAGUCAGCUCAGCUGGAGGAUUCUGGGAAUUAUACCUGUGAAGUGAGGAGGAGAUCUGGCUCUAUGAAGAAGAGAAGUGAUGAGCUCUAUAUCCAGAUACAUGGUAAGGAUGUAAAAGUGAGUCAAUGAGAUCUCCAGGCAUUGGCAGAAAACACUUUUAGCUUUCUGAGUGUCCCGUUUAUGGUGCCACCAGAUUAGUUGCAAUGCCUUCUGGAGUCU